UCGGAUCGCGGAUCGCGACUCCGGUUGGUGGCUUCACAGGUCUGGAGUGCUGGGGGACCUCAGGACCUGCCAGUGUCUGAGCAAGGGCUCCAUCCAACGAGCCUUGGCGUUUAGAUAGCUACCCAAGAAAACACCAUGAAAGAUACUGACAUCAAGAGACUUCUGUAUACCAAUCUUUUGUGCUUAUUUUCAAUUUUCCUGAGCUUUUUUAUUCCAUCCUUCUUCCUGGAUAACUUCUCAAUACUGGAAACUCACUUGACCUGGUUGUGCACUUGCUCUGCUCUUGUGACUGCUGUCAAUCUCCUGUUAUAUUUAGUAGUGAAACCAAAUGUACCGUCUAGAAGAAGUUCAUUAUCACAUAAGGUGACCAGAGUUUUGAAGUGCUGUAUGUACUUUCUAAUGUCUUGUGUGUUCCUUCAUAUCAUUUUUGUUCUCUACGGAGCACCACUAAUAGAGUUGGUGUUGGAAACAUUUUUAUUUGCAGUUAUUUUGUCUACUUUUACUACAGUACCUUGCUUAUGUUUGUUAGGACCAAACCUCAAAGCAUGGCUAAGAGUUUUCAGUAGAAAUGGCUCUGUGUGGAUUCCAGAAUGUUCAGAUCACACGGAGGAGCCAUGUGUUCAAGGGCUGAGAAUGAAAAGAGCAGACCAGUGACUCCAGUGUACAAAUCCCACAGUCAGUGCUGUAGGAGUGGGGCGUGACAAAGACCGGGCUGAUAGGAGACCGCUCUGUGGUGGAUUGGGUCAGAAAUAGAACAUUUGAUGAGACCAGCAGCAGGAAAGACUUCUGAGGGCUGGAGGGGCGUACAGACUGAAGUGAGCUUGGGUUGUUUGUGUGCUUCGGAAAUCCACGGCUCAAGGAGAGCGGAGGACGGCUCUGGGUGCCCUUUCUCCGUAAGUUACAUUUUUCUUUGGGAAUGACUAUUGGUUAUUUUAUAUUUGGUCAUGCUGUGUUUUAUUUCACCCCCCCCCCGCCCCAAACUGCUGUCUACUCAUAAAGUUUCUAGGAAUAAAAGCAUAACAACUGAAUAUCCCCCCUCCACACACACAUUGUUAGCGUAGUACCUCCAAUGGAAUUAGCUUAUUUUAGUUUGAAAAUUUUAAAUAUGGAAACCGGCUGAAACUUUAAUGGUUUGUUUAGACUGGUGAUUUAGCCGGCUUUAAAUUUUGUGUCUAGUUAUAUAUUUAGAGGACACAUUGUCAUCUGGUUUUAUAGAUAGUUCUUCUGUCACUUGACCUACGUGUUCUACAACUCACUGUACUUUGCAAAAUAGGCAAUAUGGGAAAGGAUGGAGUUAGAGACAUAAUGCUUGGAGACUUCAUUAAUGACAAAAAAAAAAAAAGAAGAAGCUAGGAACUUAAUAAAAAUGGUAGCACGGUUUCACACUGAAAUGGUUCCAAACCACAUAAAUAUUACAUCAAAUAAUAUUCUUUUCCCAGGAAAAGACUUGAAAUUUGUUUCUUGUCAGUUAUUGUGAAGUAGUGAAAGAUGGUUAUUGGAAAUCUGGCUAAGAAUUAACACAAAAUGUGGAUGAAUAUGGCUCAUGAUACAUUAAGUAAACUGAUAUAGUUGGGAGGUAUAGUUACAUAUAUUUUCUGAAUUAAUUAAUUUAUUUGUGUGUGUAUGUACGUGUGUGCAUAGUAUUUGUAGAAAUGGAGGGCUAGAAUGGUACUGAACCUCUGGGUGGGAACCAGGACCCAAGGGAACGAUACCUUCCAAAAAUCCAAGGCAAAAUAUUUGUUGCAAUCAUAAUAAAGUCAUUUUCAGAUUUAAAGCAUGUCCUCAAAGCUGUUUUUGAGAGGGGAAGGAAAAGUGAUGGGGGAUGGAGGAGAGAGAGAAUGGGUCAAGAUGUGACUCCGAACCCAGGCAGUAGAUUCCCGAAGCAGCAGACCAGAGACAAAGAAAUUCAAAGAUGACAGUGCAGGAUCCUCAGAGGACAGCAGCUGUCAGCAGGCUGAGAGCAACCAGGUUGGAGUGAGCCAGGCACCUCACAAAGAGAGGGGAGGAGAAAGAGGAAGCACGUGUCUAGAGCACUGUUGAGGGAGUUUCCUUUUUAAACAUUUAGAGGAGAGUUAGUGACAGGCAGAUAAACAGGUGGGAAGAGGGGAAGAGACAGUUCUCCCAGCAGCCUGGGGAAACUGAAAGUGUCUUUAUGGAGAGAAAAGACAUGUGAUUGUGCUUUGCUCUGUGGUUGGUGUUUCAGAGUUAGGAUAAAAACACUGUUGUCCAUUCAGCUGAAGGGGGCAGGGUUAGUAUUGAAGAAAUGACAGAGGGAGACAGGCCUGUGUUCAUACGGAAAGCUGUGGAUAAAAGGAGCUAUGACUUCUACAAUAGAAUGCAGAAAGUAAGGAAAUCUUGAAAUAUGAGACAUGAAUAUAUAUGUAAUUGGAAACAUCUCUAUAGGAUGUAGAAAUCAGAUAGGGGAGGAGAUUUAUUCUAAUUGUAGUCUUUGACUUUAAAGACAUCACAUAAGUUAUUUUGAUAAAUACAUUUUCUUAAAAUCAGACUACAGAAUUUUUAUAGUUUUAUAGGUCUUGGUUCCAUUUUUUUAUGUUUAUUGUAUAUAGGAUCACAAACAUUCAUGGCUACACCAGACAAUCAAAACUGAAAACAACCUUUUGGAUGUCUGCACUUUUUAUUUUAAUAAACAGAAGUUGGUUACAAAUUGCUGGAAUAAUGAAACAAUGUGGAGAGCAUGUGUCUUUUCUCCAGUGGCUCUGAUCACAUUGUUCCUGUGGUUACCAUCCUUCAGUGGUUUCUAUAGCAUGACUUUAAUGUCAUCUUAACCAUAGGUCUGCUGCAUUGAGGUAUUCCACACUGCCCAAGAUGAUUGCAGUCCACAGAUCAUUAGGAAGAUGUAGAAAAAUUGGAACCUUCACAUAUGACUUGUGGAAAAAUCAGAUGUUUUAGCUGCUUUGGGAAACUGUCAGUUCCUCAAAUAGCAGGUGACCCAGCUGUUUCCUUCUAGGUAUAUUCCCAAGAGAGAUGAGAACAUGUAUUCACACAGAGAUUUGCACACAAAUGUUCCUAGCAGCAUUAUUUUUAAUAACCAAAAGGCAGAAACGACCCAGAUGCUCAUGAACUAUUGGAUGGAGAAAUAACAUCUGCAGUUAUCAUACAAGGGAGUAUGAUCCACUGACCUGAAUGAAGUAUUGAUACAUGCUACACUGUAGAUGAACCUUGAAAAGAGUAUUCUAAGUGAAAGAAAUCAGUAAAAGAAUUCUUGCCAUUUGAGCUCACUUUUGUGAAAUAUUUAGAAUAGGCAAAUCCACAGACAUAAAGUAGCUCGGUUGCUUAGGGCUAUGUGGAAGGCAAAAUGGGGAGUGGUUGCUGAUGGGUGAAGAGUUUCUUUUUAUAGUGAUUAAAAUAUUCUAAGUAUG